CAACAACGAACUGACAAAGUGAGUGUGUUACCCUCUGUGGUUUUAAUCCACUCUAAAGGAAAAAGAAACGUGAAAAACGACAAAUCAAUCGUCGCGUCGUCGGGUUUAUAAACAGACAAUCUUAGUGCGUUAUACAAAGAAACUGAAGUAACAUUUCUUUAUCACCCUCACGAAAAAACCAUAAGGGAGGCUUCCAAAACUGAGUAUUUAAUUUCAACUUGUAAUAUUUUAUGGGGGAUGGAAACGUGUGCCGUGCAACAAUAAGGGAUCUACAUAUCUCUCUCUUUGUUUUUCCAUUUACUGCUAUCUAACUGUUCUGACUUUCUUCGAAAACAAGGAAAACAUGAUGCAUUCGAAGAGAAGGACAAACACAAAUAAGAACCACAACCACGACGACGAAAAUAAGACAGAGGGUAAAAAAUAAUGUACAAUUUCUAAAAAUUUCAACGAACGAAUAUCCUUUCGUUUUCGUUGUGUUUCUGGAUUAAUUCGACUUGCGAAUCGGUGUUGUGCGCUUCGUAUGUUAUUUUCCGUUUUGUCAAGGAUAAACUUAAAAUUGAUAUAUAUUUAAAAAAAAGAGAGACAGAUAAAUUUGGAAGAAAAUAAAAUUGUAGCCCAAUUUGUUACAAUUUUUCCAUUUUUCAAAUUAUCGUGGAAAAAAUGUUCUCGAAAACAAAAUCAUCACUCCGAAUUAUUUGCAAAUAAUGAUUUAUUAGUUCUUUUUUUUUUUCUUUGUCGACAAAAGAAAAACGAGUUAAAAAAACGUAAAUUUUGAAACAAAACGAAAGAAAAAUCCAAAGUGUGACACUCAAUAUAAAUGUAUGUUCGGAUUUUGUGUAUAAUUUGUGAAGAAAAUUGAUAAUUUUCAUUUAAAAAUUUUUUCGCUAAGAUAAAAUUAAUUGCUAAUUAAGCAGAAAAAAAAAUAAUCAAUAUUGUGUAUUGUGCCAUCCCCCUCGAGUUUCAAUAAAGCUUGACAAUGUGCUCCAUACAACGUGAGAAUUCCUUGUUCCUCAGUCAACUUUAAGAAAAUAACCUUUUUUGAAGUUAUAUAUACAUUAUAUUGUUUUUAAUGCAUUCGUUACUGUAAUAAUAAUUUAUACUAAAUUUACCUCUAUACCUACAACUCUUUCUACAGUUACCACAAUCUACUACUUCUACAACUACUAAUUGGAAACCAAGAACCGAAAAAUCUAAUUUUUCAAAAAAAAAAAGAAAAAACAAAAUCAAAUUAAAAUUUAUACCUACCUAUCUAAAAACGAAACCCCCAAACAUAUAUAAUGCUCCUAACGCAUUCUCUAAAAUCCUGCAUGAACUGUUCAAGGACAUAACGAAUCCAAAAUUUUCAACCCCAACACAAAGACUCAAAAAAAAAGUAUUUUAUUUAAAUUUAAAGAAAAGAACUUAAAACAUUCUUUUUGUUUUUAAAUAUUUUCUUUUUGUAAACGUCACAGCCCAUCAUAAAGUAUACCUACACACACGUUCCUAUACACACAUUGAAACAAAAGGAAAGAUUUAUUGAUAAAACUAUUUCUGUGUUUGAGGAUUCACAUUCUUUAAAUCCAUAAAACAUUUCCACAAGCCUCUAUAAGAUCUAAGCGAUAAUAUAAUCUUACCGAUAUCAAUAAUGGUUAGUACAACAUUGACAACAACAGUUUCACAGCAAACAACAGCAAGUGGCUCCAAUCAAACUGUGCAUCAAUUGCGUCCCCAUAAUUCCCUUCAUUACUCCACUACACUUCAAUCAUCAGCAAUACGUGGAAGUUAUUAUUUAAAUAAUAGCAGUGAUUCAGGUUAUACAACUUAUAACGGUGGUGGUGGAACCGAGUCCAAGGACAUCACAACCGGUUUAUACAACGGAGGACAUUUUACAAACACUGUUCGCACUCAGCAUUCUUCGAGUAACGUUAUUCCAAUACCAUCAACAACUUCGACUUCAAUUCGCUCAAGGCCUGAUAUACUCUUAAACAGUCCAACAUCAUCAUGUACCAGUUCCAAUGUACUGAGAAAUGAAGUAAAUCUCUUGGAAUCGACGUCACCACCAUUGAGUGAUCAAAUUUCAAUAUUGUUCCCCAAGUGUCGGCCAAAAAGCGAUGCUAAUACGAACCCUGCCACAAGCACUACACAAAGUUCAAGCAACAAUUUUGCACAAUCACCCCCGGCUGCGUCAGGCUCCUCGUACUCUUCGGAAUCAGUGUCCUCAGCAAGAAUAUCAACAAAUCCAUUUCUCUGCCUUCCAAGUCCCAGUGGAAACGAAACUAAAAUAAGCAAAUUCGAGACCACUACCCACAAGGAACAAGAAGUAUUAGAUAUGCCACGAAAGUCCUCUGGUUAUACCCUACCCCCACACCAGCAGCAGCAACAACAACAGCAGCAGCAGCAGCAGCAGCCCUACCAGCAACAACACUAUCAUCAGCAGCAACAGCAUCAGCAACAUCAACAACAACAACAGCAGCAGCUACAGCAACCAAGUCAGAGCACUCACCGAACCAUGAAGAACUCGGGAAAUCAAAAUCCAUUCAUUAAUCACAACUAUUGGGACACACGUCACAAUACGACUCCAGCGGGUACCGUCCUUAAUUCGCCGGAACUUACUUCGGAGAAUACUUCCCGCCGCCACGGUCACAAUUACCUGCAAAAGCCACAACACAUUAGGCUGGGUAGAAGUCCUGUCAGCCAUCAGAAUCCACCAACCCAAGAUUACUACAAUGCGGAGACAAAUGAACGAGGGGCCGAACAUGAGGUGCAAAAUCGUGGUGAUAAUGAAAGUUAUAAUAGAAAUGCGUCAAUCGCUGCCAAUGGAGGAAGUGGUAUUGGAAGCGGUAGUGGUAGCGGCAGUGGAAUUGUGGUAUUCGAUGACAUUUCUGACAGUUGGCAAAACCUUCGAGUCACAACGGGUUCCCCACCAGCAUCGGCAGCACCCCUAAUUGAAUCAAACAUUGAUGCAGCAAAUCAUGAAUUGAGCAAAAGUGAAAAUGAAGCUUAUAAAAACUAUAAGAAAUAUUUGGACAAAAAUUUUGCGAUAAAUAUUGAAAUGCGAAAUGGUAUUAUUGAAUACGAAGGAUCUCCUCGUCGCUUUGGUCAAGGAAUACCCGAAGAUGAAGAAGUUCAAUCGCAAAAUUUCAAGUUUAAUGCAAUUACAUCUUCGCCACACAAAAUGCACCCCAUUCGACCAGGUUUUCCUCAGCGCAUUGUAUCCACACCUCAGGAUUCUCCUCCUCCAUUGCUGAACUUGAAAAUGUCACCCGUCAACAAUACCGAAGACACGAGCAAUGACGUCUCCGAAAUAGGAACUUUAUCCGAUAUGACUGUGUCUGAGGUGAUAUCCGAGGCGGUGAUGGCAGCCCCCUCAACUGUUGGCCUUUGUUCCUCGGGAACAACGAUAAAAGAAGACACAUCACUCGUAUCGACGGCGGCUGCUGCGGCGGCGGCAAAGUCGUCAACCUUUGACUAUCUAUAUGAGUUCUCCGAGACAAGGAAGGUACUCGAGGAGUUCUUCGAGUGCCCUUCGACCGAUGACAAACCAAUUGAGAAUGGAAGCGAUGUUGACAGUAUUGACAUUCAGUAUGAAUUCCAUAGCAAUGUUAACAGAGAUGACGAGGACGAUAUUGCGUUGCCGCCUCAGCUGGAUCACAUUUUUUCAGUGCAAUCGAGUCACACCACAAAUAAGAGCCCAUCCAUGGAUGAAAAUUAUCGUCCAGUUGACGAUGACGGUGAGGGUGUGGAUGACGAUGAUGAUGAUGAUGACGAUUCCGAGAGCCCACAACCGAUGCCAGUAGUUGUUGCAAAUAACUCAUUACCAGCAGUCAAGCCACAACAAAAUCAGAACCAUGUGGUUAAACAACAAAACAACUUCUAUAACACUAAUGGAGGCGUUGGUGUUGUUGGUGGUGUUGGUGGUGUUGGCGGUGGUGGUGGCGUUGGUGUCCUGGACAAUCGUCGGACGUUGACAAGGGACAAUGAUAAAUUGGUCCAAUAUCGGCGGGAUAUAGAUUUCUUUUUGGAGUCAGCAAGUCGCAGCAGUGGUGACCAAAUGGACAGCCAAGAUGGAAUUAAUCAUAAUCCAGUGCAGCCCAGAAGCUAUCGAUGUUCACCAGAAACUACAGAUUAUGACUCGAAUUGUGGUGACUUGGACAGUUUAUCAGGAGAGUUUAAUGGAGUAUCAACUUACUGCAACUAUCCCAAAUGCUAUACGACUAGCAUGCCUGUGUUGGAAGAUGGCCUCUCAAGUGGUCACACCUCAGACACUGAAAACAAUAACAGACCCAUUCAAAUGGCAGGUAUUUCAAUGCUAAUGGAUGUCAAACGGAACCAGGAAAAUAGCAAUAAUCAUGUUAAAUCAAAUCGUGCCUCACCAAAUGUUGAUGCUUUUACCACGAUCAAUGAAAGUCCUGUAAAUGGUCAGCUAGACGAUUCUGGACGGGAUUCUGUGCGCUCUAAGCGUGAUCAUGAAAUUUUAGGCCAGAGUCCCAGCAGUAGUAAUAGCAAAGUUUUUCAAAACAUAGAUCCAGAUUUGGAUUCCCUUUACUCUAUAAGUGUAUUUCACCGAGGUGCCGACAUGGUUCAUGUAACACCACCUCCUCCAGCACCAGCUCCUCAUCGUAAACCUACCGUAGUAAGUUCGGAUAUUUUCCAAAAGAAUCAAAUUGACCUUAAGGAACAGAGGCCAACGAGUCUUGCGGGUGGAGGAGGAGGAGGCUCAUCAAAUUUGUUGAACCGUACAAAGUCACUGAAAUCUUUGGAGAAACCAUUUGCUUGCAACCAACCUCCCUCGAUUCCCGAGCGACUUAGCAAUGUCUCACCAUCGAGCAGCUCCCCAGUGUGGGUGCCACGUUAUUUGGACACAAGUGUGGGCAAAUCUCUACUGGAUACGUCCGAUAGACAGGGAAAGAAUCUAAGUGGAGAUGAAGAUGAUGUUGACACUGAUUUGGAGACUGAUAGGCUACUCGGACACCAGCGUCUUGACGAUCAGGGCUUUUACGAUGACACUAAGAGCUCUUCGUGGGACCGCAAGCCCAUAUCGCUUUUAGCAACGUCCCUAUCCAAAUUCUCACCCAAAGUCCAGCAACAAAACACAAAGAACUCCAAUGGAACUCUCUCACUGCGACAAGGCUUCAACUCCUUGCUGACGAGCACACCCGAGAUCCCACCGCCAAUUCCGCCAAAGAGUUCCACAACCAGUUUACUCCAUAAUGCUGGAGGCGGUUCGACAUCUUCGUUGGACCACAGUGACAAGUCACCCGAGAAGACAUCGCCCGAAGUCCGUGACGAAUGUGCUGUAGUGACCAUAGGCAGUCCCAGUGCCGAUUCGGGCUCCGAUGGUUCUGGCAAUGGCAGCCAGAAGAACAAGGACACCCAAAGUUCCGUAACGGGCGAGAAAAAAGUAAAAAAGAGUAAGAAUCUGGAAGUGCUGAUUGAAGGUGUAUUGUUUCGCGCGAGGUAUCUAGGAUCAACACAAUUGGUGUGUGAAGGACAACCCACUAAGUCAACUAGAAUGAUGCAAGCCGAAGAAGCUGUAUCUAGGAUUAAGGCUCCCGAUGGUGAUGUCCAGCCUAGCACUGAAGUCGACCUCUUCAUUUCAACCGAAAAGAUCAUGGUCCUUAAUACUGACCUUAAGGAAAUUAUGAUGGACCAUGCUCUCCGAACGAUCUCAUAUAUUGCUGACAUCGGUGAUUUGGUCGUCCUCAUGGCCAGGCGACGUUUUGUCUCACAAGACAUUGACGAUGGACCCAAAUUAAAUCGCACCCCAAAAAUGAUAUGUCAUGUAUUUGAAAGUGACGAAGCCCAAUUUAUUGCCCAAUCAAUUGGUCAGGCAUUCCAAGUGGCCUAUAUGGAAUUUUUAAAAGCAAACGGAAUUGAAGAUCAUAGUUUUGUCAAAGAAAUGGACUAUCAAGAGGUAUUAAAUAGCCAAGAGAUAUUUGGCGAUGAAUUGGAGAUAUUUGCAAAGAAGGAAUUACAAAAAGAAGUUGUUGUACCCAAAGCUAAGGGUGAAAUUCUCGGGGUGGUUAUUGUUGAAAGUGGUUGGGGGUCAAUGUUACCAACUGUUGUGAUUGCAAAUUUAAUGUCUUCAGGAGCAGCAGCCAGAUGUGGACAAUUGAAUAUUGGCGAUCAGUUAAUUGCUAUAAAUGGACUGAGUUUAGUUGGCCUGCCAUUGUCAACUUGUCAGACUUACAUCAAGAAUUCGAAAAAUCAAACUGUUGUUAAGUUUACUGUAGUGCCCUGUGCUCCUGUGGUAGAAGUGAAAAUCAAGAGGCCCAACACUAAAUAUCAAUUGGGAUUUAGUGUGCAAAAUGGUGUGAUUUGCAGUCUUUUACGUGGAGGUAUUGCCGAAAGAGGUGGUGUCAGAGUAGGACAUCGCAUAAUUGAAAUUAACAAUCAAAGCGUAGUUGCUGUUCCACAUGAAAAGAUAGUAAAUUUGCUGGCUACAUCUGUUGGAGAGAUUCUAAUGAAAACAAUGCCAACGUCAAUGUUUCGACUUCUAACUGGUCAAGAAAAUCCUAUCUAUAUAUAAGUGUUUAUUUUUUUUGACUUUUUGUAUUUGCUAUCAACCAUUAAAGGUUUUUAUUUUCCUUAUUAACAAAAUGUAUAAAUCUCAUGAAUGAUACAUAAACUAGUAUUACUUAAAAAAAAAAUAAAAGUCAUUUACAAAUUUGCUUUAAUUAGCAGAUUAAAAAUAAUAAAAAAAAUAUUUAUUUUGAUAUACAUAAAUAGAAUGUAACAAAUUUUUUGAAAUAGUUAUAAUUUAACUAGUUAUUUAUUUAUCAGCAUUUAAUAUAAUUAAUUUAAAAUUUAUUUAUAACUUUAAAAAAAUAUAUAUAAAUAUAUUCAUAUAUAAACUUAAAUAUAUAAAUUUAGCAAAACAAGCAGUGCCCCAAACAUAUAUACAUACAUAGUUCAUGUGCAAAAUCAACUCAUAACUUUUCCGUCCGCUUAAAUCAGAAAAAAAAACAAAAUAAUUAAAACAAAUAUUAUCCUACACUUAUUUAUUUAUACACAAAACACACACAUAGUAUAAUAUACAAAAUAAAACCACCUUCUUGUCCAGAACUCAAGGAUGUUAGGAGUUUUAUGUUUGUUUGGGAAUCAUUUCAAUUCUUUUGCAUCAGAUUUAAAAUGGCAGGAACACAUUUAUGAUUUUGAGCAUGUUGUCAUUUCUGCCUUCAAAUAGUCGUUUCGAGAUAUUUGAAUUCUAUAUGAAUAUAUUUGAAAAACUAAGAAUACAUACAAAUGAAUUUAAAAAAUUUGUAGUUUGCAAAGUUCGUAUUUUUUAUCGGCAAAAAGCACGUUCUCAGGUUUUGAUAUUACUCGACGACAUUUUACGUUAUAUUUCAUAAAUAAUCAAUUAUUAAAACUUUUAAGGUUCAGUGUAGUGAUUGGACCUUACUUCUAUAAUUUUUAAUGAACAGAACUGGAAAACAUUUAUGUGGACGUUAAUUUCAUGUCGGCCAUGCGUGCCAGAUAAGCAACUCGACAACAUCAAUUUUUCAUAAAAAACAGUUUUCCGACCCUGUUAUAUUUCGAACAGGUGAUCAUAAUUGUGACUGAACACCUUUAAACUUUUUUUCUUUAAGGCCAAGUAAAAGAUACAUUUUAUGCUAAUGCUCCACAAUCGACCUUAAAGAUAAAAUUUGUCAAGUUAUCUGGGAUAUACACCUGCAAGUGUGAUUCAUGAAAUGGUGCUGUAACUGUAUGCAUGUGAAUUAAAGUCUCAUCGAUUUCUCUCAAAAAUCAAUGUUUUCUUAUGAAACUUCUUAUUAUUAUAUUGAUGGUUCUUUAAAAUUCAAAAUGUUGACUUCACAUUUAAAAACCUUCAAUUUGAAGAUGGACAAAUCCUUAAAUUCAAUAAAUGUUUUUUAUUAAGCUUUGUAUUUGAACUUUGAUUCUUAAUUUACACUAAAACAUGGUGGGAGAAAAUAUUUUAUUAAAAAAACGUUUUUUUUUAUCAAAACUGGCUGGCAGCACUUUUGAGUCGAUUUGACUCUAAAAAAAACAUUACCCUUUGUGCACCGAAACAAUUCAACCGACAAAGUACGUUUGCAUUUCAGUAGAAAAGUUUAGAAUAAAACAGAGAAUAUGGUUAUUUGUAUACGAAACACAAAUAAGGCUUUUUCGUUUCAAAAGAAAAAGCUUCAAAUACAAAUGAAAUUGAAUCAAGUUUCAGGAAUUUAAAUAUGGAUUCUUGAAGAAGAAGUCUGGUUUAGCAUGAAGCAGGUGUUAAGAGUUAGCCAUACAAAUCUUCAACAUACGAACUUGAUCAGCGCACUUCUUAUCUGUUUGAUUGGUUGUUUUUACCCAUGUCUAUGUUAAUAUGAACUGUUCAGUUUAUUUGAUCAUGAGGCCGAAUACGAAUUAAAACUGAUUGCAAGUGGUUUGCGUAGACAUUAUUUAAAUUAUACCCAACUUUAGACGAAUUAAACUGAGUGAUUUUCUCUAGAACUAGCGUUAUGAAUCAAUUUAAAGCUACAAUCAAAACAUAAUAUCGAAAGCUUAUUCUAUGCUUCACAAAAUCCACAAAAUGGUAUGGUUCCCAAAUAAGUACAAAACACUAAUUCUGAAUUCAAAAAUGCUUACACUACUUUAAAAAAAAUUAAAUAAAUGAAUGCUUGCUUUAAAAAUAUCCUCAACAUGUCAUAAAAUAAACCGUCAUAAGAAAUCGCAUUCACUUUUAAUUUAUUUAUAUAUAAAACAAUGUAAUUAAAAAUUGUUGGCAUUUAUAGUCAAAUAUAACAAAAGAAAAGAAAAGAAAAGUUGUACAUAUAACAAAGCAAUGUCAGACAUAGAUUUGAGUUAUUUAUAAUAAUAAAACAAGACAAACUAACACACAUCAUAAACUCACCACACACACACAUAUAAAAAUAAAAUAUAUAUUUAUUAAAAAUAUAAAGAAUAAAUAAAAAAUUACAACAAAAUUUUUAUUUACAAAAUAAAACAACUCCCUUUACUCAUAUUGUAUUUAUUCAUCCCUUACAAAACAAAAACAACAAAACAAUAUAAAAAUAUAGAUAUGAAAUAUAAAUAAAUAAAUUGAAAAACAAACAAAAUAAAAAACAUCAAAACAUCAAACAAAUUUCAAAAUCGUCCAAAAAAAUAUUAUACCUAUUAGUGUGUUAUAUCAAUGCGUUUAUAUAUAUACAUAUGGGAAAAAAACAAGAGAAUAUAUAAAUAAAUAAAACAAAAAAUGAUGUAUAAAAAAUAUAUGUACACAUUAUAGUAUAUAAAUAAUAUAAAGAUUCCUUAUGAUAUACAUUAUAUAGUUUUGAUAUGGAAAGCUUGCUAAUAAUAAACAUUAAAAAUUUACAAAAUAAAAUAAAAAAAAUUAAAUUAAAAACAAAAUUAUUAAAUAUACAUAAAACAUAUAUAAAAUUGUAUUUAAUAGCCACAUCAUAUUUUAAGAAAACACAUACCUAUAAAUUAAAAAUAUAUUUAAACAACAAAAGCAAAUAUGGAAAAAAUUAAAAAUACAAACUAAACAGAACAGAACAUUAGUGGGCUAAUUUCUUAAACUAUAGAAGAAAAUAAUAAAUUAUUACAAAUCACCAUUUUUAGGUUCCAAUAUUGCAGCACCGCUCCUGACAUAAUUAUGUAAAAAAGUUCUUUCACACUUGAUCGAGAGAAAAGUUUUGUAAAGUUGAAGCAAAGGCUUGCUUACAGUGGCGCUUGUAAAAAAAAUAUACACUCUGAAAAUUAGUUUUUAGUAAAUUUUGCAAUAAAUUAUAUCAAACAUUUGUUUUAAAAAAAAGCUCGCAACUUUAUAAUAUCUUUUAUCUAUCAAGUGUGAAUAUUCUUCAAAAAUAAAAUUAAAAAUAAAUUGUAAAAUAUUAAAUUGCGAUUGCAAAUCAAUUCCACUAUAAAGCAAAGUAGAUUAAAUUCAUUCACUUGCAAAACAUUAAACAAAACCAAAAAUAAGCAACAAAAUUUAGAUAAAAUAAAAACAAGCCGAUUUAACAAUAAAAGAAAAAAAAAACUAACCAAAAAUAUAAAAGAAAAUACAUUAUAGCAAAACAAAAACAAAAAGUUAGCAAAACUAAGCGAAUUGUCCAUUGAGGUUAUUGAUUAAAUGUUGUUACGAGAUUUUUUAGUUUUUCUUUGUUAAGCGGUUUUGCUGCUUACUAUAGAACAUAUAAAUAGAUAAACUUAAUGCAGAAAAGAACUAAAAAUAAUAUGUACUGGUAUUUGCCUUCUUCUAGUGUGUCUUAUGAUUAAUAAGUCCAUGUUUAAAUUGUGUAAUUUAUGAUGAAUGCAUUAUAUUGUUUAUCUACUGUUUGUAUUUUACUACAUUUAAAUGCCUUUAUGUUUUAAUUUUGCGGUAGAAUUCUGUAAGUGAAAUUUAUGAUUUUUUUUUGUUCAUAUCUAAAAAAGAUGAAACCUUACUCAAAAAAAGAACUUUAUGGUUUCAUUUUCGGCUAAAAUUAUAACAAAACUAAAAAACAAACUUCCCAAUAAAGACAAGGGUUCCUUUUUUUUUCUAAAUCGACUUGUUACAUUUUUGUUCUAAUCAAAAUAUUAAUACUAGUCACAUUUAUUUAUAUUUUAUAAUUUUAAAAAUCAUACAGUAGUAUAUAACUUGUGUUCCUUACCUUAAAAUUAAAAUUAUUUUAAAUAAACUUACAGAUUCUAACUAAUAGAAUUUGUUUAAUAUUUUGUUUUCAAAAAUAUAUACCAGCUUAAGGUGUAUAAACAAUAUAUAUUUUUUAAACCUAUGGUGUAUAUGCUUUUGUUAAAAGAUUUUAGGAAACAUAUUUAAAUGAAGAUUGUUGUACCUUUAAGAUGCCGAACAAAAGCAAAAAUUAAAAACAUAAAGUAAAAACAUUGAAAAUCCUUUCUAUACAUCAACAUUGUUAGCUUCAUUCAACUAUUCAAAAACUAUAAAAAAUUAAAAAGAAAACUAAACAAAAAAAAAACAAAUAAAAUCUGUACCAAAUGAAAAUAAAAUAAAAAUGAUGAAAUAAAAACAAAUCUAAUUAUAUCUGAUCGACAAUGCUUAAAAAGAAAAUAAAGGAAUUACUUACGCAAUUUA